AGUCCCAGUGCCACGACUGGGGCGAGUCAGACAAUGGAGCCGUGUGGGUGAUGGAGGGGGAGGCAGGCUGGCUGUCCUGCCCUCUCUUCUCCCACCCCACUGUCUACAACUACAACUCGACCCAGGCAGCGGGCCUCAACCUGGUGUGGUACCACGUGGCUGCAGGUCAGGACCUGGAACAGCCCAUCGACUUCCACCACCUCGACCAGAGGCUCAGCAAGGAGAGGGAGAAGCUGUGGCUGCAGCCAACCACCAUGCAGGACACGGGCCAGUACAUCUGCAUGCUGAGAAACAGGACAUCGUGUGCCAAGAUUGCCGUGCGCCUGGUGGUGGUGCCACGUGGCCAGAACCCUAACUGUGAGGUGAAGUCUGCUGUGCCUCCCACCUUAGUCAUCGCGCCAAUACAGGAGGGCAAGACCCUAACCUGCCCUGACCUGGAGGACAUCAAGCGACCUAACUCUAGCCACUCUGUCACCUGGUACCAUGAUUGUAAGGCCUUCAGGAACUUUGAUCGUGUGCUCAAAGAAGACAAGCUGGUCAUCUAUAUAAUGUUCGAGCACUACCAAGGACUGUACCACUGUGUGGUCACUUAUGAGACCAAAGGAAGAGUCAUCAACUUCACUAGAGUGGUCAAUGUAACUGCAGUGUCUUCCAGUGGUUUACCCAAAGAGCCCAAUAUACUCAACCCUGCCAAGGAGCAACUCUAUCCUGUCAAACAAGGGUCAGAGGUGAAUCUCAUAUGCAAAGUGUCGUUGCCCUACCUGGAAGGACCCAGGGAGACCUGGUGGACCAUCAAUGGGAAGACUGUAGAGCAGCUAGCUGACCCCCGCAUCUCAUUCACUUCUAGGGUGGUGUUGGUUUAUUAUGGGGACUGGACAGUUGAGAAUGUGCUCCACAUCCAGGACUUCAGCUCAGAGGACCUGACCAGAGAAUACAACUGCUCUGGACGCAAUAACCGAGGCAUGGCCACCCGCAGGGCAGUGCUAGAAGAGGAGGUGUACCUGCCAUCCGUGGAGCUGGGCUGUGGCCUGGGCGUGACUCUGUUCCUGAUGCUGGUGCUGUUCCUGGUCUAUAACAUCUUCUGGCUGGAGCUGCUGCUGUUCUAUCGCUCCUGGUUCGGAACUGACGAACGCUGUACAGACGACAAGGAGUAUGACAUCUACAUCUCGUAUGCAAGGAAUAGCGACGAGGAGCAAUUUGUCCUCUUGACACUGCGCAGGGUCCUGGAGAACGAGCUGGGAUAUACUGUCUGCAUCUUCGACAGGGACAGCCUUCCUGGAGGGAAUGUGUCGGAGGCUGUCCUCAGGUGUAUGCAGUCAAGCUGCCGGAUCCUGCUGGUCCUUAGCCCUGACUAUCUGACAGAGAAGAGCGUCAGCCUGCUGGAGUGUCGCCUGGGCCUCUACAUCCAGCUCACCAGCCAUGCACACAUCAUCACCAUCCUUUACGGCCCCCUCCCGAGACUAUUGGCCUCCUGCACUGAGGCCCAGCAGCUACGCCGCAGUACCGACACCAUCACCUGGAGGGGACGCCAGUCGGAGCCGCCCACCUCUCGCUUCUGGAAGCGCCUGCGCCUGGCCCUGCCUGUGAGGCCGCUGGCCCUGGGGAGGAGGCUCAUCGACAGUACCUCGUCCCACUCCGACCUGGCCGCUUCAUUGUUCCUUCAGCGCCAGCAGCAGGAUGCUGUGGAGCCGCAGAGGGAUGGGAAGGGGGAUGCAGGCAUCGGUGGCAGAGGCAGGGGGCGCAAGUGGAGGAUACAGAGGAUACAGGGGGCGCGCAGCAGAGGAGAGAUGUCGAAGGUUAAAGAGGUUGGCCACGGUAAGAACUGUAGUGUGUGUGUGAGUUUUAGGGAGCCUCGCGGGGUCUUGGGUAGGGCGUCGGCGAAGACUCAGCUUCAUCAUCAACCCGUAGUAAACAGUAACUGACCUGAGACCCAACCAGGACUUCAUCCAAGCAGCACGAAGACCCAAGCAGGACUUAAUCUAAACAGAACAGAGACCCAACCAGGACUUCAUCCAAGCAGCACGAAGACCCAAGCAGGACUUAACCCUAAGAGUACUGAGACUCAAGCAGAACAACCACAUCCUUCCCCUAGCCAACCACAGAACUCUGACAACUGUGUGUGUGACCUAGAUAACAAUAACAGCAACAAUAUCAGGCAUGGCUGUGCACUGUAGAACACUGGCUGAAGACAGGGGCAACUGCAAUAGACUUGACUUACAACUUGCUGGCAAAAUGCCAAGGACACAUCGCAUUGAAAUAGCAGAGGAGACAACUUUGUUUCUGAAGUGGAGAAAUUUGGAAAAUGAAUUUUAUGGGUAUGUAGUGAGAAACAUUUGACGUGAAAUAUUAAAGGCAGGUGUUUAUGUGA